AUGGCAGAUGAGGAGGACUCGGCGCCGGAGCCUGCCGCUGUCUCUCCGCCGGAGAGCCCUCACACCGGGCGGCCUCACUCGGUCUCUUUCUCCGAGAGCUUCCAGCCGGCCGUCGGGAUGGUGAGCCAACUGCUAACCCAGCCCUCCUCCCUAAAGUUUGACAAAAACAUCAAACAGGCCUUUUACAACAUGGGGGCUAUGAUCUUUGUGGCUAUCUGCUGCGGGGCAUCUGUCCUGGUCUACUUCAUCCUGGAGGCCUUUCUGCGCCCGCUUCUCUGGGCAGUGCUCUGCGGCACCUUCCUCCACCCCUUCAAGUACUCCCUAGCCCGGCUUGGCCGCUCGUGGCUCAGCGGCCUGCAGGACACCGGAACGCCCAUCGUGGUGGGGACUCUGUUGAUCCCGGUGUGGUGUGUGAACUACGGGGUGGAAGCGAUGGGCAGGCUGGUGCUGGAGAGGCUCACGGUACUGUUAGUGAUCGGGGCCGGGGCGCCGCUGGUUUACUUCCUCUACCUUUUCUGGAGCGUCAUCGGCAUGCAGGUGAUCCUCGGGCACGUCUGUGCGAUCAUCGGGGCCGCGCUGGACUGUUUCCACACUGUGUGGGUGUGCACUGUGGUGUUUGGCUACUUGUUGGCCGUUUGUUUCAAGUGGAGUCCCCAAACUGAACGCUACCUGAGGGCUCUGGCCCUUCCUGUCUGGGCCGUCCUGCUCUUCUACAUUGUGUCUCUGACCGGCUCCUGGAGAGUGCCCAUAUUUGUGGUUGUGGUUGUACUCCUCAUCGUGGGCUCCCAAGAGAAACCACCUGUCCCUGGCAGAGGAGAGCUGUCAGGGCAGGUGUUGUCGUUCGCUGCUAAUACCAUUUACAUGGCAAUCUCCUGUAGCAACCUUCAGCUGAAAACUGAGCCCAGUGAAGCCUCUGGCACAGAUGGUGUACAGUCUGCGGGUCCCCCUCCUGCCACCCCUGGGUUCCCUCGCGGCUCUCGUUCAUUACCUGCCGGCCUCUUCCAGAAAGAGAAAACCUCCCGCCGAGCCAGUGAUAUCUACUUUAUUCUACUGGUCUGGGCCAUAGUUCUGGUUCAGGUGUGGCUCAACCUUUGGAUCCUACAACUGCUGCCUAUCCCCGUGGCUGUGUGGGUGCUCAAGAAGCUGGUGGUCCACUUUGGCCUGAAGAGCUUUGCAGAGCGGACUCUUACCUCAUGGUGGAUGGUGCUGGAGAAGUUCGGACGUGAGCGAGAGGAGGCCCUGCUGCCUGGACCAAUCAAAGGCCUUGCUCAGUUCCUGCUUCGUAUUGACACCAAGAUGGUCGUGUGGUUGGAGCGUUCUCUGGAUAAAAUCAUCAGCAUCUUCAUCAUCUUCCUCCUGGUCACAGGGACCCUGCUCAUGGCCCUGCUGCUGACUGCUAUGGUCCAUCAAGAGAGUGUUCACAUCAUCGAGAUAACCAGUAACCUGAUCAACGAGACUGUGUCCAACCAUCCAGAAUGGGCAAAUUGGCUUCCAGAGGCUCGUGUGGUCCAGAAUGCUCUGAAUUCAGCUGCUACUAAUGUUUACCAACAUGGGAGAGAAUGGAUAACACAGAAGCUUCAUAAGAUGUUAGGAGACAAGGUGAACCACACAGCGGUGAUUGAGAAACAAGUUUUGGAGCUUUGGGACAGACUGUAUCACUCCUGGGUUGUGAAGAAUGUGACCCACUCUGGACGCCACCGUGGUCAGAAGAUGAUGGUCCAGAGGCAGAACAGCUGGUUAGUGGACAUCCUGGACUGGAAGGACAUUGCCUCGUUUCUACAGGAAAAUAUUGAAACUCUGCUGUCUAUCCUGGAGUCUCUGUGGGUGGUAAUGAGCAGGAAUGUUGGCCUUCUCAUCUCCACCACAACCACCCUCUUCACUGUCUUGUUCCACAGCGGCACGGCUCUGCUCAACUUUGCUCUGAGUCUGGUAAUUUUCCUGACAACUCUCUUCUACCUGCUGAGCUCCAGUGGUGAAUAUUACAAACCUGUCAAAUGGGUGAUCAGCCUGACCCCUCUCUCUCAGCCCGGACCCUCCUCCAAUAUCAUAGGCCAGUCUGUUGAAGAAGCCAUCAGAGGAGUGUUUGAUGCCUCUCUGAAAAUGGCCGGCUUCUACGGCCUCUACACUUGGCUCACUCACACCAUCUUUGGCAUCAACAUUGUCUUCAUUCCUUCUGCUCUGGCUGCCAUCCUGGGUGCCGUGCCGUUCCUGGGGACCUACUGGGCAGCGGUGCCAGCUGUCUGUGACCUAUGGUUGGCGCAGGGUGAAGGCGUCAAGGCCGUGUUGCUGCUGAUCUGCCAUCUGCUUCCAACAUAUUUUGUAGAUACAGCCAUCUACUCUGAUAUUUCUGGGGGUGGACACCCGUAUCUGACAGGUCUGGCAGUGGCAGGUGGAGCGUACUAUCUGGGUCUGGAGGGCGCCAUCAUCGGUCCCAUCCUCCUCUGCAUCCUGGUGGUGGCAGCCAACAUCUACAGCGCCAUGUUAAUGAGCCCCAGUUCUGCAGCACCCACACCGGUGCAGUCGACCUGGCCUCUCCAACCCAUCAGGACCUUCGCAGACUCCACCCCCUCUGUCCUGAAGAAGACCAGUGAGUGAGAGCAUGAGGCCGUGUCCCUGUGGAAUGUCAACCGGCUACCUAUUGGCUGAUUCCUCAGGGGAAGCGCUCCCCUCCCUGAAGCUCCUCCCUACGCCGUGCGGCUCUACAGGAGUCAGCCUCGACCAAGAAGAGGUGGCGGUGUAGCGGCGGAUCACCCAUGAUGCCGUCUGCUUACCAGAGCUGUUUCUCUAAGCAAUAUGGCACCAGCUGCUCUCAUUCAAGACGCUUAAAGUAGAAAUGCCAGCGUGCAUUCUGAUCCCAAACACGGACCAAUGACAUCACAUUGGGCUUAAUGACAAUGAACGGUGGCGACGUUGAUGCUAAUCACAUCAUCUUUCCGAACGCAGUGCCUAAAUGGAUUUUGUAAAUGGCUAAAUUUAUCACGUGGUUUGUGAAUUGUAAGAUGAUAUAUUUUAUCUACAAAGCCCCUGAUUUCCACCCUGCACACUGUGGCUGUGUUUACGCUGCAGUACGCGGUCGUGCAGUAUUUGUACUCCCUACCUCUCUCCUCACGGAGGCUCAAGUAGAGUUUGUAGUGAAGGUUGGUUUUGAACUCCUCUCGCCACAGAGGUCCCUCACACCUCGCUCAAGAGAACGCGUUAUUGACAGUUCUUAUUUUAACUGAAUGUGUCAUUCAUGUUUCAGUGGCAGUAGCUGUGAGUCUGCAACACUAGAUUUCUGCUUUAACAAAGACAUACUGUACACUCCUGCUCUCCAGGCUUCGUUACCGCUGUUUUCCUUUUUUUUUUAAAGCGGUUCAUGUUAGAUGAUCUACAUUCGGGGAAUCUGGUCUGAGUGUGAGACUACAGGAUUACUGAGGGAUUCUGUUUUUUACAUUUUUAAUUUAUUUCAAGCUUAAGUUUGUUUUUGUUUUUUAAACACACUGUGAGCGCACAUAGACACAUACAUGCAAGCAAGCUUUUCAUUUUUAACAUGCUUAACUGAUCUGUCAGUAUUGAAGGACGUUUAAACUCAGAGGACCCUGAUAUUGACAAGUCUGACUGAGCAUUUUUGUGAGCACUUUUCAACUUUUGGUAUGGCUGUGACUUACACCCCUAUCACGAUUUCAUCAGUAGUUUACACCUCACAUCCCUUAGAAAUGUUUUUUUUACAUAUGUAUAAUUUCUACUCACCUCCUCCUCCUCCUCUCUUGUUGUCGUUCAUCCCGUACUUUAACUACAGUCAGAGCACUUUUCUGAAAGGACAGUAUGAAGUAGUUUACAUCACUUGAAGCUUUAAUAAACGGGCUGUACAGAUGAAUUGUGUAUGUAAUGUGACACAUUGAUCAUUCAUGGCUACUGUGUUAGCUACCUGGGGGUGGGAGGGUGGUGAUGUGGUCUGGGUUGAUUAAAAUACUGUAAUGGUCAUCGUUUUGGUACUGUUGGUGUGUUUUGGUUUUUUUAAUUACUGGAUUUGCACUGACAUUAAACAUCAUUUGAACUGCAGCAGCUUUGUUGGGUAACUUGUUUGUAGCAACUACUGUUUGGUCUAUAAAAUUACAGGAAAUAUUUUAAAAAAUGAUGAUGUUUUGUCACACCAAUCAAAUAAAACCUAAAG